CCCGGUUGUUUGGAGGGAUAACUAACUUUUUUGUCUCUAAUAAAGCACCCCCUUACUCUCUCUCUCUCUCUCUUUCCUUCCCCUCUCUGUUGCUUAUAUGCUUAAAAAUAUACUUUUUAAUAGUAAACGAGGAUUGGCCACUAUUUCUCCUCUUGUGAUCAAGAAUAGUCGCAUUCAGGCAUCUGUCAUCUUAUCUCGCACACCCCAAAUCACUCGUGACGCUACUCCAUUUGAAAAGGCCUAUUUUGAUUACCGAGAGAAAUUGGAACGUCAGGAAUCAACUACUACACCCACUGAAUUUUAUUUCAAAAAGGGCUCAGUUGCUGAACGCCGUUGGAAGAAUGAUGAAGAAGCUCGUGAGAAAGUUAUGAAUGAUCCUACAAAGUCGAUGACUGAAGCUGUUGAAGAAUCCCGAAUUAAAUGGGAAAGCGAAAAUGAGAAUUUGGUCGCAGCUAAUAAAGUUGAAAAACUUGGACGAGUUACAAAGGCAGAUUUAGAAAAUGAUACAAAGAGUUUAGAUCGUGCUUUACAAAGAACAUUGUACCUUGUCGUUAAGAAUACAAAUGAUCCCCUGAACCCCUGGCAGUUUCCUCAAGGACCUGUCGAUACUUCAGAAUAUUUACACGAGGCAGCAAAGCGUACAUUACAAGAGCAAUGUGGAGCUGAUAUGGAUACCUGGUUUGUUGGACGUCAGCCUAUUAGUAUUUAUAAACAGUCUUCAACUAAAGGACAAGAUAAUGGAGUAAAGACAUUCUUUAUGAAGGCACGAGUAUAUGCUGGCCAAGUUAAACCUGGUAAAGAUAUUAGUGAUUUUGCUUGGUUAACAAAGGAAGAAUUAGUCAAUACAUUAUCUCGAGAUUAUUAUAAAGCAGUCAAAGAUAGUUUAGGUGAUCUUUAAAACCUGCAUUUUUUAAUUUAUUAGAAUUUCUACUAUGUACAUAAAUAUUAUAUUUUUUUUUUAUUAUUCAAAUAUAUAAAUGUAAAGAGGAUAUACACACAUGCAUAUACAUUUAUAUAUGUACAUAGUAUGUAUUUAUUUCAAGUGGUCAUCAAAUGACUAUUAGAUUGGGAAUAUUUAAUUGGGGAA